AGGGGCCCCUAGUCCGGCUCCCCACCCUGAAGACAAGCAGGAGCCUUAAAAUACAUGAGUGUCGGCCUGCGCCGCGGCGCUUCCCCACAGACAGGCCGGAGGAGCGCGCUGCGUUCGCGGAGGAAUACCUGAAUACCUGCCGGUGUGGUUGUAUGAAAAGUUAACUUGGCUCCCGUGCGUGCGGGGGGCGCGCGUGGGGGGGGGGACAUCGCAGAGCACGGGCUCCUCGGCUCGUUACGGCGGACAGAUGCGUGUCGAGCGGGGUGAGCGCGUUACCGCCGCGAACAUGUUGUUGUCGUGAGCGUGACAAGUCGGGCGCUGCGCUACAGGGGGACGGAAGGAGGAAGACGAGCCCGGGUUUAAAGAGGCCGGUGAUGGAAGAGGCAGAGAGCGGGGGACCGGAGCCCGAGCCCCGGUGCGCCGAGCAGACUGAGCUGCUCUCAUUAAUAAUAAGCGGAGAGGAGGAAGCGACGCCAGAGGAGAGUGAGCUGGGAGAAGAGGAUGGUCUUGCCAACGGCCAUGGUGAGGAGGAAUCAGGGGCUGACAUGGUCACACCUGUCAGAUCUCCAUGUACCAGCUACUGGAGCAUCACGGAGGGUCCUGACCAUCCCCUGCUCCUCUCCCUGGCCCCUGGGCCCUCUGGACGAAAACCCAGGGUCCAGAGGGCCUCGCGCCCAGGCCUCAGCCGGAUCCCAGGUCGGGACCACCGCCGCUACUACCACGAGUACUGGCGUAGUGAGUACCUGAUGGACUUUGACCCCCAGCGGCACGGGAUGAUCUGCAUGGUGUGUGGCAGCUCACUGGCCACCCUGAAGCUCAGCACCAUAAAGAGACACAUAAGACAGAAGCACCCAGACUCCCUGCUGUGGAGUGCUGCCGACAAGGAGGUGAUCCGCUCGGGCUGGGAGAGCCACCUGAGCCUGGGGGGGAGUCAGAGAUCGUACAGCUCUGCUGCUGGACCUUUGCAACAGGAAGAAGAAGAGCAGCUGGACUCAGGCCAACAUGCUGCUGAUCUCCUGGAUCCUGUGACUCCCCAUGAGCAGCCACAACAGGCCCUCAGUCUGUCUCCCCAGUCUGAGGAGGUUGAAGUCCCGCAGACCCAGGAGGAGGAUGAGCAGGAUCUCUCCGGACCAUCGGCUCAAACUUUGGAGCGCUACCUGAAUGACUCACUGCACGCUUGGUUCCGUCAGGAGUUCCUGAUGGAGUACGAAGCAGAGGCUGGCCGGCUAAUGUGCAUGGUGUGCGGAGGAGAGCUACCCUCCCUUCACCUUGACCACAUCAAGAGCCAUGUGCUGGACACCCACCCUAACUCCCUGGUCUACAGCUCAGAGGAGAAGCACUGCAUCCUUCAGGCCUGGGCUCAGACUCAUGAAGAUUCAGAAAACUCAAUCAAAUCAGAGCCCAGCACCAAAGAAGAAGGCAUGGACCUAUUUGCUCAGGAUGCGGAGGCCAUCCAGAUCAACACUGACUUGUACCCAGAAAGUGAUGGCACUUUAACUCAGGAAACGUGUCUCAUUGGUGAGGACGGCGGCGUAGGAGCUCCACAGCAGGGAUCCCAGCCCCUUCGUCAGCCCAGGAAGAGGCGGCUGCCUGGGGGCGACCCAUGGCGGCUCCGCCUCGACUACCUGGUGGCCUACGGGCCCCAGGGCCAGGACACGUUCUGCAUGGUGUGUUCUCAGGUCCUGCACGAAACCAAGGUCAGCAGCUUCCGGCGCCACAUAAAGGAAUGUCACCCCGAGACCACAACCCUCAGCCGACAAGAAAGGGAAGCCAUGGCUGCUGCCUGGACCAAAGAUUAUUCUAGUGAAGACAUGCAAACUGAAGAUGAAAUCAACCUUAGAGAAGCUACUACAGGGGAGACAUGUGAGGACGCCUGCCCAGAUAUCACAACACCCAGUAAGACGGUGAAGAAGGAGGAAGGUGUGGGUGGACGAAGGGUGAAAGUGAAGGACAGCAGCACCACGGCCACACCUUCUCGCCACAGCCAUUACCCCGGGAAGGACCAGAGGAGGAACUACCAGGUGCGUUGGCGGAUGGAAUACCUGAUGGACUACGACUGCAGGAGACACGGGCUGAUCUGCAUAGUGUGUGGCGCCACUCUGGCCACGUUGAAGGUCAGCACCAUCAAGAGGCACAUCCAGCAGGUGCACCCCCACUCUCUGGACUACAACCCGGAGGAGAAGCAGCAGGCUAUGCUGAGCUACAACCAGAUCGCCUUGCACUUCACCCACUCCGAUGACUGCUUCUCCUCCCAGGACCACGGGCACACAGAGCUGGCUCCCACUCCAGCACACUUUGGCACUUAAAAAAAGGGCUUCUGUCUGUGGCUCCUCAGACGUCCCAUGUCCAGAAACAGCCCUUCAUUGUCUUUGUUACGGGGACGUUCAGAUCAAACAUGGUCUUACUGUCCUAUUCCUGCUCCUUGUCUUCUUUAACUUUGUUACCAAAUCUAUACAAUCAGGUGACUAGCUGUCUCAAUGGUCAGAAAUAUGAGAGUAAGGCCCAGGUUGAGAAACACAAGAAUUCUAAAUCUGAGAGUACUGUUGUAGGUGAAGGUGCAGAUUGCAACUGCUGCAAAGGAAAUGAGACAACCUAAAAUGUCAUGGCCUGAAAAAAACUCAAAGUCCAGCCACUCGUUUGAAACUAAAGCCUUAUUUGCACGGGACCAGUAUUACACAAGGACCUCAUGGGAUUGUUUAGGAGCUGCACAUUUGCAUGGAUGCACAAAAUCUGAGCUUUACAGAUAUGUCUGUCAAAUCCUAAUCCUUUUUUAACAAGCGAUACCAUUGUUACCAUAGAUAACAAUACUGACCCAGUAGUUAAUGCUAUCCCGACCCUAUAGUAUGUGUAUUGGAAUACCAAGGGGUCUUAUACAUAUAUAAUAUGUAUAUGCACACACACACACACACAUCUGAUUAAUCAGAUCAUCAUCAGUCCGCUUAAAUGUGGGCAAAUAUAACAUGGAACGACACAGAUGACAUACUCUGUAGAUUGUGUUUUUAAGGAUACAUAUUAAAUGCUGAAUGGGAUCCCCAGUUAAGGGCCCAGUCAGACCAACUUUUAUGAUUUCACAGCAAAACUGUUGUGUUCAGUGGAAUUUCUCACAGAACCUUUGACAUCCAAAUAUGUUCCACUGACCAAAAAACCAACUGUCAGGACAUUGUUGACCUUUGAGGGAACGGAGAGCUGGAUUGCAAGCUAACAUAUUAGCUGUGUCGGACCUUCUUCUUUUAAAAUAAUCCCCUGCCAGAGACUAAAGCUCCACGACAGAGGCAUUCACCGUAUUCGCAUGGCGUGCAUUUAACCACCUCCCAGUGUGAUACCAGAGGAAAUUAGUUCCUAUGAAAUUUUAACAGCAUGGCUUCAAAAAACUCCGACGUUUCACUCACAUGUGGCUGCUGGCGCUAACAUGCUCCUGUCAGCUCAGUAGCUACAAGCUAGCUUCACCAGUGGUUACUUUAUGUUGUCAGCACCACAUGUUUCACAAGGACACACACAUCCUAUCUGCUGUUCUGGUCUGACCAGGGUCUAAAAUACUGAAAAUGGGGCUUUAGACGUUCAAACUCCUUCUUGCCUCGUCGUACACUUCCAACACCGAAUGGGUCCCUGGACUUUUAGUUUUUAAUGACUGUCAUCAUGUUUCCCCUCUUGCCCAUGUGUUCAGGUCUGGCUUGUUUCUGGUUGGGGCCAGAGUCUGUUGUUCUCAGGAACUUUAGAAACAGAACCUUCGGCGAGGCCGGGUUGAAUUAGUUUGAUGAUAAUGUGUCUGAAGACAACACAGCACUUUGCCCUAAAAAAUGUACUAAACCCCAGCUUUCCUUCUGUACAGCUAAUAGAAUGAGACUGUGUUUGAUGUUAUUGCUGAAGACAAUGAAUGCCAGCGUGCAGUCAAUGAGUUUCGAUCUCCUUAAUGUAUUUAAUUCCUUGUUUACAGCGGAGGAGACAUCCUCCUCUCUCUCACCCAUUAUAAUGAGAUAUGUUAUCUCUCUUGUCAUUUUGCAUUGUUGCUACGUCGACCUGCAUCCGUUUCAGCAUCCACAACUCAUGUUAGCCAAAAGCUGCACAAAAAAAAGAAUAUGUAAAUACUUAUAUGAAAUAUUUGAAUUAUUUUUCCUUUAUACAAGCACUUUUAUGCACCCUGGUUUCUACAAAACAUGUUUGUAACUAUGUCCAGUUUUUCUACUUCAUUCAAGAUUUCAACAGUGUUUGUAAACGGCUGGAGAACAGCCUGCUGGACUUCACUUUGAAAAGUCUGCUCCAGCUUUGGUACUGCUUCAUUUUUUCAUCCAUUGUACAAAGUUUAUGCAAAAAAAAAAAAGGAGUUGAAGAAAAAACUAAGAGUGUGUGCGAAAGAAAAGUCUGCCAUAAAAAUGUCACCAGGAAAUGUAACUCAGGGAUUCUGUUUUCAUCAACGACCAUUUCAUCGGUGAUCCUUUAAGAGCAUGUCAGCUGGUGACAUGUGAACAUAGAUACUGUACAUGUGUCUGCUUUGGGUUGUACAGGUAUUAGGGCCAACAUAAAGUCAUAAUGUCAGGAGAACAAAGUUGUAACUUUAAGGAAAAUGUCUUCAAAUAGAAACGUCACAUAACAAGGUCGCAUGAGUGGAAUAAGUACUUUGGAAAAUUUGAAAAAUUAUAAUAUUUUGAGUAAAAAAGUUCAAGAUUAUUUUUCAGCAAAAAUAAUCUUAUCAUGAAAGUUACAAUUUAAAUUAUAUAUUUAAAUUAUUUUUAGCAAAACACAUCCUGGUCUGUCAGGAAAACUAAAAUAUGCAAAUGUCUCCUCACAAUAUAUGAAAUCUAGUUAUGAUGUUUUUUUCGGUCAAAUUAUUACUUUACAAAGUUCUACUGUCACCCCUGUCUCUUGAAUUCAGAAUAACCCAACUUUUUCUCUCAGAUUAUGACGGCAAUUCAACAUUUUCUCAAUUUUUUUUGACUUUACUUACAAAUCUCCGUUUGUUUCCUUUACAGUGGCCCUAUCACUCUGUCGUACACGAAUGUGAAUGACACACAAAAUCUCAAUGGUUACAUUUUGGAAGAACGAUCAGAGAUGAUGUUCUGGUACAAAAGCUCUUAACAAACUCCCUGCUUCGCUCUGACAGCAGACAAACAGUCGUAUAUUCCAUUUCACUGGUCGCGUCAGGCCCACACAUCCCUCUGGUAGAAAUCUGACAUAGCACUUAAUUAUUUAAAAUGAACAUACAGUGAAUGGUAAAGCAAUUGGAAAUGAGAUCAAACUAUUUGCUUGUGUGUACGUGUGUACGUGUGUUUAUACUGUGAAUGAUCAGCUUCUCAUUUUUUCAAUUCUUCAAUUCUUCAAUUUGACUUUGUCUUCUCUUCAUCUGUACAUGGCCAACAUGUGACAUCUCCAUUCUCUCCAAUGACUUUUGAAUAAAGACUCAACACUG